AUGGAGAUACAUGUGAAGCAGUGCAAGCAGCGCAACAAACGACGGGAGCGGGCCCAACGUAUGAUCGCCGAACGGGAUAAGGAUGCGGCCGCGGACGGUACCGGCAACCGAGAUCCGGACGACAGUGCGGACGACGACAGUGGGCCGGUAAGCAGGGAGAAACCCCACAGGCCACCCGUUCGGCGGAAGCGUAAAGAGAAGGAACCGUCGCCCGUGCUCGAGGAGGACAUUAUCGAUGGGUUCGCGAUACUCGCGUUCAAGACGUACGAAGAUAUUGAGUUUGCGAUAAAGGUCGCCAACAAGCGCAAUGAGAAGCGAUUGUCGUCGAUCGUGGAACUGACAACUGUGAUGGUGCCGGAGGAGAAGCCACCGAAGAUAAUCGACACCACACCGUCGAAGCUGUCGGACAAAUCCCUCAGCGGUGGUGUACCGGUAACGAACAAGAACAACAACAGCAUUAACAAUAGUGAGAACCAUUCCGCAACCGUCACCACAGGUGGCGCCACCGGUACGGCUGGUGCGGGUGGUGGAGUCGGCAGCGGUGGGCUAGUGAGCAAUGCAAACGGUGGCGACUGGUCGCCGGUCAACAGUAACCACCAUCAGCUACAUCACCUACAGCAGCAGCAACAGCAUCAUCUGCACCAUGGUGUGGUGGGACCACCGGGUAGCGUUACCGAACGCACACCGAACGGCGAUGGUAUUAUGCUGCACAACUCCAGCCCAACCGGCAAUGCGGUGGGCGUUGAUCGGGGAGGAGCGAUGCGCGGUACCGGCGGUGAUAUGGCGUUGAUGCCGGCGAAUGGCGGUACACCCGGUGCCGGGACUAAUCAUCACAAUCACCUCCACAACAGUCACGGGCACCACAACCAUGGGCUCCACAAUCACCUUCACCCGCACCACCAUAACAGCCGGAACCACAACCACCAGCCGCAGCAGCAACAUUCGCCACAGCAACAGCAGCAGCAGCAGCAGCAACCAUUCGCAUCCGUACACCAUCACGCGCACCACAACCAUCAUGUGGUGAGCAAUGGGACUGUGCCGGGUGCAGCCGGGCCUGGUGGUGACGGUGCGGGCAGUAACGCUAGCAGUACCGGUGCCAGUGUCACCAACAGCAACGGUGUCAAUGGUGAUCCGGGCACGGCUGGCGCGAUGUCCGCAGGCAAUGGGCAGAACAAUGUGACCGUAACGCCCGGUAACGCCAACAAUCGGAGUAGCAGUAGUAGUAGUAACAGUAGCAGCAGCAGCAGCAGCAGCAGCAGUAGCAGUGGUAACAGUAGCAGCAGCAGCGUUAGGGUUGCCAACAGCAACAAUCGAAACAGCAGUAGUAGCGUACCGGCUAGUGGUAGUAGUAUCAAUAUGAACAGCAGUAGUAAAAACCAUAGCAACAUCUGUUCGCUAAAUAAUCUCACCAUUGCCGCCAUCAUUGCGAAUGGGCCGCCGCGCCGUAAUGUCAACGGCAGUGCGGCAAACGGUACCGUCGUACCGACCGCCAACACCACGAACGGUAUCAGCAGCAGCAGGAGUAGUAGCAACAACAGUACGCCCAGCAAUACCAGCGGUGGUACGCUAACCGGCAAUACCGGCAGUACCAUAAACACACAUCAUCCAAACCACCAUCAACUUCAUCAUCCGCAUCAUCAUCACCAGCAGCAGCAACAACAGCAGCAGCAGCAGCAGCAACAGCAGCAGCAAAGUCACCAUCUUCAUCAUCAACAGCAACAGCAGUCGCCUCAUCUUCAACAUCAUCCUCACCAUCAACAGCACCAUCAACAUAACCAUCAUUUAUCAGCGGUACAUAAUCUUUCUCUAUCUUCGAUCAUCGAUCCGGGCACGUCCGACGACAGUGGGCGCGCCUCGGAGCGACUGACGACGUCCUCUGUUGCCCAGCGGGAUCCGGACAGUUCGCGAGACCGGCUCAGCGAUGCUAGCAGUCGCUGCAGUUCCGGUAAAGGGUAUAUCUGUGAUAGCGAAGGAGACGAUGACAAGGUAUCGAAUGGACCAUUGGGUACGCAUUUGACACCGAUAGGUGGUGGCCACCAAGCAGCAGCGUCUCCGCAACAGCAACAGCAACAUCAAGGAUCGCAACAGCAGCCACCACAGCCGUCCGCAUCGCCGCAGACGGCCGGUAUAAGCAAUAAGCCGCUGUUGCCGACCGCAUCCGCCAAGAUUCCGGCCGCCGGUGUCCUGCUGCUCAGCACAACGGCGGCCGCCACCUCCGUAACGACAGCAAUAUCAACCUCCCAGAAGCAGCAGACGCCGCUGGUAAGCAGCGCACCGCAAUCGCCCGCCCAGUCGCUGGCGGUUGCAUCGCCGGUGGGUAGCUCACAGGCACCGUCAACACCGCUCCAAUCUCAGCCACCGCUGUCGCCCCAGCAGCAGCAAGCGCAGCAAACGCAGCAGCAACAGCAGCAGCAGCAGCAGGGCCAACAUCCAGCGACGUCCACCUCCAGCACGAGUGGUUCGUUGAAAUCAGUAUUUCUUGGAGUCAGCGCGGGACCGAAUGGUGGCGUCGGCAACACCGCCAACACGCUGAUGUCACCGUCAGCCGGUGCGGCGACCAACUUCUCGAAUAGUUUAGGGCCGGGCGGUCCGGGUCCGGUGACGGCCACCAACAGUCAUCAUUUGAGCGGGAGUCUGGCCGGGGUCGUCGGUCCGAAUGCGGGCGUGGUGGGUAGCAGCGCGAGCAGUAACGGCAGUGCGGCCCCAUCGUCGCUGCCCCUCUCCGUGCCGCACACACCACCAGCCGCCACACCAGCGACGGCCGCCGGUCAAACUGGUGCGGUGCAUCCCUCGCUGGAGAGCACCACCGUUGCCACGUCGUCGUCCACCUCCUCCUCCAUCCCCUCCUCUUCCCUAGCGUCCGCAUCGGCGGCAGCGGCGGCCGCAGCGGUUGCCGCUGCUUCGACGGGCGGUUUGCGCACCAACAGCCCGGCCGUGCCCGGUGGCGGUGGCAUGCCUUCGCUGUCUGCGACAGCCGGCCCCACCACCGCCUCCCUGCUGAACGGCAAUCAUGCGGCGGCUGUCGUAGCGGCGGCUGCCGCAGCCGCCCACCCGUCAAUGAUGAUGGCGAACGGGCUCGGCAGUUUGCCACCGGCCUAUCGGGCAUAUCCGGGCUACCCGAUCUACUCACCGUACGGCAGCUUUCAGCACAACCCUUACCUGCCACCGUCGGUCACCUCGCCAAAUCUGUCGCCCCGGCUGCAUCCGGCCCUGACGCCCAUGCCGCCGCACACGCUCAUGGGGCUCGGGCUGAUGGAUGCCCGGUUGCAGCCACCGCUAGGGGCGGGCCCGACCAGCAACGGUCCAACCGGUGCCGGUCGGCCAUCGGACCGUGACCCAUCGCCGCUGAUAGCGGCCGCCCAGCAGCAGCAACAGCAGCAGGCGGCUGCAGCGGUAGCGGCGGCAGCGGCAGCAGCAGCCGCCCAGCAGAAGGUGCGCCCGAUCACACCGAACGCCAACUCCAGCUCGAGCAACAGUUCGUCCUCGUCAUCGUCCUCCUCUUCCGCCUCAUCCGCGGCCGGCAGCAGUACGUCUUCCGUCACGAUCGUCUCGAGCACGGCACCGUCGGCCGGCAGUGGGGGCCCACUGCAUUCGGCGACGACCACCACCGAUACGUCACUUCCUCCGCAUUCCUCCCAACCCACGCACCGGGACGUCGUCGGGCCGCACGCGGGCCAUGGACCACCACCGCCACCCCACCCCGGUCUGCAUCUCGGUGGUGGGCCACCACCACCACCACCGGGUAGUGGGAGUGGGCCACCUCCACCACCAUCGCAUCACCAUCUACUGCCACCGACGCAUCCAGGUGCGGGUGGUCCGGGCAUAUCGCCACUGCUCGUUGGCCACCAUCAUCAUCCGCUGGUGGUGGGUGGACCACCACCACCACCACCGGGGCUUAUUCCUCCCGGUGGUCCUCCUUCUCAUCUGCACGGGAGUGGCAGUGGUGGUGGUGGGCCAAACAGUAUUAGUGGGCAUCCGCAACCGCCCUCUUCCAGCAGCAACAACAACGGUGGCAGCAACAGCAGCAGCAGCAGCAGUAGCAGUAGUAGCAGUGGAAACAUUAUCGUCUCUUCGCGUCCUCACUCGCCUCGGGGUCAUAGUCCGAACAGGGAAAGAGAUAGCUAUAGUAGUAACGUAAGUAGUUUAUCGCGCUCAACGCCCGGCUCCACCAUACCUGCGUACAGUGCAGGUGCUGCGAGCGGUACUGUUGCCGGUGGACCAUCGCCAGUGCUGCCAGCAUUCGGUGGCGGUUCCGGGCCUCAUUCGGCCGCCCUAGGCGUGCCGUCGGUGGCCAUAUCGGUCGUCUCUUCUAGUCUCACUUAUCCUAAAACUACGCUGGCGAUCGGAGGCAGCAUCAUGUCUUCCGCCUCCACGUCCUCCACCAUCUCCUCCACCUCCGCGUCCACCACGGGCAGUGGUGCGGGUGGGCCGGGUGUUGUGCCUCCGGGGUGGCCACCGGGUGUAGCCAUCCCCGGGCAACCCACCGUCGUAUCGAUAGCAUCCCACGUGAACUCGCCCGCGGUCUCAUCCGGUGUACAUAACAGUUCGUCCUCGUCUUCCUCGUCUACGGUCGGGUCUCAUCACCACCAUCACCAUCAUCUCCAGCAGCAGCAGCAGCAGCAUCAUCAUCACGCACGUCCCACACCUCCACCACCGUCAGUAAGUGAUCGGGUCGGUACAACGUCCACCUCCAUCGCGGUGUCGUCGCCUUCAACGUUUCCGGCGGCGCCACUGUUCGCUGCACCGAUUCCACCACCGACCAGCGUUGCUCUGGCCAGUCCGGCCGGGGCCGGUUUGUCGGUGGCGAGUGUCGCCGUUUCAUCCGCACCAGGUGCUGCCGGACCACCGCCACCACCAGCUCCACCACCCGCCACGCAUCCACAUCCAUUCUCGGCCGAAUCUCUCUUCUCCACAAAAGCUUCCGACCAGGCUGAUAUGUUACGGCGUGAGCUAGACAACCGGUUUCUGGACCGUAGUGGAUUGACUGCGGUACCACCCGGGCCACCGUAUCUACGCCAAGAGCUGCACCACCAUCAACACCAGCACACGCAUCUGCAUCAACACCAGCAUCAACCGAUGCUGCCUGGUGCGGCCGGUGGUGCGCCAACGCUCUUUCCGCCGACCCUCUUCAAGGACGUGCCUAAAAUAGGUGCCGUCGAUUCGCCCUUCUACCGUACGGGGAUCGGGAUGCCGGCAUAUCCGGGCUAUCCGCCCGGUUUGCUCCAUCCCGGGUUGAGCGGACCGACACAGUUUGUGCCACCGAGUCAUCUACAAUCGUUCGUGCCGAAGCAACAGACGCCACCGGUUGAUCCGAACAAAAAGAAAACUGGAAAGUGGAACGCAAUGCAUGUUCGUAUUGCAUGGGAAAUUUACCACCAUCAGGCGAAACAGAACCCGGACAAGGCGGCUUCCAUCAAGACGGCUUCGGAGAUGUUGCGACCACCGUCGCAUAUGUAUCCACCGUCGGCGGCCGCCGCUGCUGCAGCAGGGCUGGUACGUCCGCACGAUCUGCCGUCGUCCACGUUCCCACCAGGAGGCCUUCCCGGGCGACCGGGUCCAUACGAGUCGACACCGUUGCCGCCCAGCUUCAUGAGCUCCCCGGCUAGUCACAUAGGCGUUUCACCAUUUGGGCGGUAUGCCUCACCGUACGGUGGUUCACCGUUCAGCGGCCUAUCACCCUUCUCGCGAGACAUACCGAUGGGAUCGCAGAUCCCGGGAUCGCUACACGAUCCGUGGCGCAAUGCACUACCACGUAGCGUUAGUAGCUUUCCACCUGGACCGCAACCUGGAGCGGGUGGUUCCUGGCCACCGAUAAAGCAAGACCCGGGCCUGGCGGCUGAAACGGCCCGCCGCGAGGCGGAGGAGCGCGAGCGGCAACGGGAACGCGAGGAGCGCGAACGCGAAAGGCAACGACGGGAGCGGGAAGAGCGCGAGAAGCAACGUGAACGUGAACGGGAGGAGAAGCUCCGUAAGGAGCAGCAGGAGCGCGAACGGGAACGGGAACGUGAGCGUGAGCGCGAGCGCAAGGAAAAAGAGCGACGUGAUAUGGAAAGGCGAGAAAUGGAGCGUGAGCGGAUGUUGCACCAACAGCAAAGGGAAUCGAAGGCAGCGGCGGCGGCGGCUGCUGCAGCCGCUGUUGCUUCGAUCAAUCGUGAUAGGUCGCCGCUCCGGAACGGCACCGAGCUGGACAUUCGGAUCAAGGAGGAACCCCGCAAGGAUGAUGAGCUGCUGUUGCGGAGCCAUGCGGCCGCGGCUGCUGCCGCAGCUGCCAGCGAUCCGCGCUACCACCCGUCGAUGAUGCCACACCAUUACAUGGCCGGUCGGCAUCCGGCCGCCCAUAUGCUUCCAGGUGGCCAUCUGUCACGCUCAAUGCUACCCCCAUCGAUGGGGCUACCGACGCAUUUUCCACCCCACGGGUCCUGGGGUCCGGAUCCGUUCCGGGACUAUCGGCUCGAUCCGCUGCAUCAUUCGCUCCGGUACAACCCACUGAUGGAUGCGUACCGGGCGGAGGAAGCGAAGGCGUCCCUGCUGUAUGCCGCCCAAACGGCGGUUCACUUCCGGGGCAAGGAACCCAGUCCAGUGCCACCGCCGCAGCAACCACCUCAGCAACAGCAGCCACCACCACCAUCGCACCAUCGUUUACCACCCGGUGCAGCACCACCCGGUAGCGGUGGUGGCACGGUAGGUGUGGGCGGUCCACCCGUUGGGCAUCCGCCCGGAUCCGGUACGCCCGGUGCGACCGGUGGUCCACCCGGUUCCCUAAAGGCACACGGUUCCUCCACACCCACGAACGGACCGGGCGUAAUGGGCGGCACACCCGGUGGUGGACCGGGUGGUGGUGGCGGUGGAGGCCCACCACCGUCCGCUGGCGGUUUACCACCCUCGUCCGUACCCACGGCACUGCCCGCGUCGAUCGAUAUGCACAAAAAGGAAGACACCUGCCAAUCCCGAUGAUAGUCGGUGGGCGGCGGCUCGUUGGUGGCAGUCGGUGUCGGCAACGGUGGCCCCCAUCCUUCAGCCGUAACGACGCCAUUGAUCGUGAUCGUGGAUGAUGACUAGUAGCGCAAACGAAAGCAUGCAAAACCGUGGAUACUUGUCACCGCGGUGAUGGGAAAGCAGGCGUUUGCUUCCAAAAACUUCCUGCAAUACAAGGCGUAAACAGUCCUGCAACUGACGAGCAAUAAGUGCAAGCAAAACCGGGAUUGCAAUAGAAAAGGCGAAGAGAAGAUAGAAAGGCAAGAGGGAGAGGAGUUGCUCAUUCAUAUUAGCAAUCAUUUCAAUCUAUAGUUUUGACGUGUUUUUUUUUUUUGUUUGGUGAACUGAAAGCUCCAUUGUCUUUGCCCACCAGGAUUAACUACUUAGUUGUUGCAUUUGAACCCUGGGACCAUACGCUCUAAACGUACCACCCUUUUCCACACAAAAAAUACGCAACAGAAAGAGCCCUCUCCAGUAGUGGCAGGCCAAAGGUGUAAUGAAGAAGUAUCAAAAAGAAGGACCGGAACGAAACACUGCUAGUGUUGCUGCAAAACAACAAACAACAAAAAAUGCCGGACAAGAAAGACUGACCCGGAGAGCACGCGCGGGAAGGCCUCAGAAUGCGGGAGAUUAGUGUCUAUCACGUAAACCUGAUGAAAUUAAGCGUACUAUGCUAUCACGAACCAGCUAAAGUGGUUAAUUACAUUGAAAUUGGAUUCACAUGCAGCACUUAUUGCAAUCGUCCGGAACGCUUAGUUCGUCCGCUGCGCAUUGUUUUAAGUUUUGUAUUGAAAUGUUAAACAACUGAGCUGAUUUCAUUAAUUUGUUAUACACAAUUGUGCAUUCUGGCCCCUUUAAAUUGUAACACUGAUACCACUGUCAUUUAAACAGUUUUUUGGAUUUCUGCUUCAUAGCAAAGCAAUCUAAAAGGUCUAAUGGUUUAUCUAUCAUUUCUGACUUUCUUUGAUUUUUCUUCAUUUUUGUUUUGUUCGCGAAUACAAAAAUGAAGCUGCCAAAGCUUUAAUUUAGCAAAAUUUUAAGCAGAAGCCUUACGUGAUAGCCCCUAUGAUCAGCAAUAACGAGCAAAACCAGAGUGAAUAUUUAUGCAAAGACGCAACGAAUGAAUGACAGCAAACAAAUCGGAGCACCUGGUCUGGUGGCGAGAACGGUUCGGAAACAGCAAGAAGUGAAGAAACACUUUACACAAAGCUUUAUUUUGGCUAAUGUAUUUGCGCACGCCUCCUAGUUUUAUGUUAUGCUUUUGUUUUGGUUUGUUUUGGGACUGAUAGAAAAAAAAGCUUACACCUGUCAUCAACUCAUUUACUGCAAAAAAAAAGGGGGAAUUAGAAAAAGUGCGUUCAACUCUGCCGUAUUUAAAGAUAAAGAAAUGGGAAAGCUUUCUGUGCUUUUUGCGAUGGUACGAGAAAGGAAAUGGUCGGAAUGUAAGGGACGAAUACGAAUGCGCACAAAAGAAGUAGGUUUUAUAGACAAACACACACACACAUGCUGGCGAAAUUGGGUUCGCUUUUGCUUUGGCUCCUGCAUUAGUUAAUUUUAUUAUAUUGUAAACUCUGUAAAUAGGGAAUACACACACACACGUACACACGGUAUCGGUUCGGAAUUGGUCUAUUUUGGAUGUGUUGAAAAGAGAGUUUGCUGCCUUCCCCAAACAAACAGCGUUGAUAAACUUUGCAAUAGUAAAAUCAUUUACGCAAGGAGGAAUCGGGAAAUGAAGGCAGCAGAACACAAGCAGGACUUGUGUUUAUGUUUCUUUUGUUUCGCUUUUUCCUCUUCCGCUUUCUGUCAGUUUCCUACCAUUUUCCUUGUUGGUCGGUUCCUAGUUUCCCCACCAUACUUCAUACUCCUAUCAUUGGCGCAUUACACAUUCCAAAGUAUGCCAAAUAAAAAAA